CUCUCUAAGAGUCAAGAUUGCAACUUUAACAAGAGAUAACACAGCGCACAGAGAAGAGCCAAACCCGGCACCCUCUUCUCCUCGACUCCACUCCACGAUCCCUUCCCAUCACCUUCCCGAGACCACCCAAUCCGCCGUCGCGAGGGCAAGGAUUGAAAACCAUGGGCGACAACAGCGCCGCCGCGGCCGCUCCGGCCAGCAGGUUUGGCAGGAUCUGCGUCUUCUGCGGCAGCAACGCCGGCAACCGCGCGGUGUACGGCGACGCGGCGCUCGAGCUCGGGCGGCAGCUGGUGUCGAGAGGGAUCGAGUUAGUCUACGGUGGCGGGAGCGUCGGGUUGAUGGGCUUGAUCGCGCAGACUGUUCUUGAUGGUGGCUGCCGUGUUCUCGGGGUGAUUCCAAAAGCACUAAUGCCCCUUGAGAUAUCAGGUGCAAGUGUUGGAGAAGUAAAAAUUGUAUCUGACAUGCAUGAGAGGAAAGCUGAAAUGGCGCGCCAAUCCAAUGCGUUCAUUGCUCUGCCUGGAGGGUAUGGAACAAUGGAGGAGUUGUUAGAGAUGAUAACAUGGUCACAACUUGGAAUUCAUGACAAACCAGUUGGGUUGCUGAAUGUGGACGGUUAUUAUGAUCCAUUGCUUGCACUAUUUGAUAAGGGUGCAGCAGAAGGUUUUAUUAAGUCCGAUUGCAGACAAAUAAUUGUUUCGGCACCGACUGCGCAUGAGUUGCUGACAAAGAUGGAGCAAUACACUCGUUCACACCAGGAGGUAGCGCCACGUACAAGCUGGGAGAUGACAGAACUCGGCUAUGGAAAACACCAGAGGAACCAGAGCAUAAUCUGCUAGUGUGACAUUGUUCCUGGACGAGCCUUAUUGUUCUUCGUUUAACAUUGGCCUGCAGUUAUUCCUUUUACAACCAUUUUGGUCACCUUAUCGUGCUACCUGUCCAGUUAAUAUCUGGUGAAGAUGCAUAAGAAAGUAUGUACCUACCCUUUAACAGUGUGGGUAAAUCACUAAAUCCUCGGUUUUCCUAUGGAACACAUGGGUAUAGUUCAUAUAAUAUUUUCUGCAUUAUAAGUUAAGAGUUAUUUGAGCAGCACAUCUCGUGUAUUUUUCAUUGCAAAUUCCAUGCAAAAUUUGAUCGGAUCACCUUUUUGUGCAUAGGUUGACCAACAAUAAAUGUAAUAUUCAUCUGCGCUGCUUGAAGUCUUUCCAGUUGCAUUAAAACAAAACGAGUUGCA